GAUGUUGCUAUGAAACACAGUGGCGGAGCACUCGUUGCCACGACAGUGUGAGUCGGCACGUGACGCGACGCAACGCGACGCGACGCGACGCGCCGCGCCUGUCGAAUUGACGGUCGGUUUCUCGUAAAGUAGAAAAAAAAACCGGAAACAAGAAAACUCCUUUUUACGGAGCGAAACGGGGGACCGAGUACUACGCGAGUGUACCUACUCCAUUUGCCCGGAGAAAAUAUGAGUGUUCGCGAGCGCCGGUCCGGAGCCUACCUCGCACCGUUCACAAGCGCCUGGUGGACGCGUUGAAAACAAAAAUCGGAGUGCCACCUCCGGAGUGAGGGGGCCUUUGCCGAUUUAGCGAGAUUGGAAUUCGUGGCUGGACCCUUCCAGGCCGCGUCGGUGAGUCCCACGAUAAAUUCCUUUUCACUGGUGGUGUGGGCCCCCCUCAUACGAGGCAAUCCGGAUUGUAAGAAUCCGUAAAUCAAAGCGAAAGAAGGAAACAGGGGCGUAUGGGUAACACGAUUAUAUUAGGCACUUCGAAAAGAACCGGUCGGUCUCGGAAUUGUCUUGUUAAAGUGUGGGAACUAGCAAAAUAUAAUAUCCUAGAAAAAAUUUAUAGCUACUUUUGAUAAACUUUUAAGGAAAAGUAUAGUUCUAAAGUUGUUUCAUGUUAGAAUUUAUUUACACAAAUUUUUUAGUAGAUUAAACAUUCAGAGCAGAUGGAUAGUAAAUGCUUCUCUUCGUUUAACUUCGCGUGAAUUUCAAUUUAACUGAGCUGCAACUCGAGGAUUUAGUUAUAUAUCGUAGAUAUAUAAAGGCUGUAAGUUUGCAAUUCCAAUGCAUUUGUGUCAAAUACGCUGUGCAGUGCGGAAACAGAAAGUUUCUUGCGCCUCCGUCAACUCACUGCAAUGCACGCUCCGUUUCCCCCCUGUGCACAUGACAUCAUGUCUUGAAUAAAAAAUUUCUGAUUGUUGGAUAGGCCAAGGACGCAGCCGUCUGGUCAGCGCUAUCAAUAGAUAUCACUUUCCUUGAUUUCGAAAACAGAGUUCGGCUUAAAAAAUUCAAGAAUUAAUUCGACAGAGUAGACUUUCCUCGAUUCUUCGCAGUUCACGCGCACUCUUCCCGCUAGAUAUCUAUAAAACUAUAUAAGGUCUACAGGAGAUAUUUGCAUUCCGUUCGCGAGUGCCUGCAUUCUGGUCGACACUGACACGCUGAGCCGGACAUAGCGUGAAAUAGAAUACCGCCUUACGUCUCGCGCUCGGAAUGCACAUUAAAGCGUACAGGAAACUUAAAUCGGAUUUUUGUCCAUAGAAAGAGCAUAUUCUUGAACUGUCAUCAUCCUUUUGAUGCGGGAAUUCUUUCAUAGUUGUCAAAAGGAUUUAAAACUGAUUUUUUUUUAAGUCAUCGAUGACGAAUGCUUAAUUGUUUCGUGACUUUUCGAGAGCUUAUAAGAUAGAUGUUUACAUUCUUGGAAUAUAUACGUGGAAAUUAUAAAAUAAGCAAAAGAAUAAGACUGGCAGGACGGUAAAUGCGGUAUGACGACGUGAUGAUGGCAACGACCUGAAGAGCUCUGUGCAAUCCAGUCACGAUUCUCGGUGGAGGUCGUGACCUUGCCGAUAUGCAGGAUACGAGGGAUAACACGCGGAAUAUGGGCGAUAGUCCUUCGUGUUCAUUGGGAAUCUCGAUAACGUUGUGCUAGUUCCACAAACAUUUAUCAAACAUGUUUCAUAAGGAAAAUGGAUAAAUCAGAUAAGAUCGAUUUGUCUUGCAUUUGGGAGCAAAUUAGUAGAGCAAGCGCGAGUACAAAGAUUGUAAAUCAAUCGUCGUCGAUCUCCAAACAUUUAAUUUUACGAGACGAGGAGAUAUAUCUUUCUCUAAAGCGGCGUCUGCAGUGAGACUUGAGACUUAAGAUUUAAGAAAAUUGAUCAAUCGUUUAUUCUUCUUACGUGAGAUGAAUAAUCGACUAUGAUUGGUCAAUUUUUUUAUAUCUUAAAUAUUAAAUCUCAUUGUAGACACCAAAUUAGGAGAAAAAGCGACUCUAACACAAUAUAUUACUCCAGAAUGAAUUUCGCCACGUCGCUAGAGAUUCGCUUUGCAAAUGGAUACUUUUGAGCGCAAACCUGGAUCGAUUUGACGAGCCGUUCUCGCCCAUUGUUGUGCUCCAUGAAUUGUCCGUUGCGAGCAGCUGCCUACGGCCUAUAUGGUGCCGUACGUCUCUUACGCCGAACAACGUUUUUAACAAUGCAUCGCGAAGCGCGCGGUUCCGCUCUGCGAAUCUCCCUUUUCGCAGAUUUUCCUGUAGAGGAUAGUUUGAUCGGGAAACUUUCGCGAAAUCUUGGAAAGCUUGUAGUAAAGUUUACACGUGGCACGAGAAGUAUCCAUACUUUACUUUACCUGUUAUACGUAAUUUAUGUAUUUUACGGUACGUAAAUUAAAAGAAAUUUACACGUUGUAAGCAAUCGUUUAUGUUUCUAACUCUAAAGCAGUCGUCGUCGGACGCUGUACAAAUACGCAAGUCUCGUCUUCUUGAUCUCGUCUUCGAAUUCGUCUCGUUCUCCAAUGCUGACAGUGAAACCCGCUAAAAAAAACGUACCACCCAACAAUUUAACGUCAUUUAUUUCUAUUGCCUUUAUACGGGCCGUUACGUCAUGCCGAUUUCUCCGCCCUUCGUUGCCGCGCGUUUCUCGUUUCGAGCCGCAGCUAUAUGCAAAAGCGAGGAGAACUUUCCGUUUUCACUAUAUAUAUACGAAAAAAUUUCUCGCCGAAAUUUUUCGACGCGACGACACGCAAAAAGGACGCGCAACCAAGAAAUGCGAAAUAAAAACGGAUCAAUAAUGUAAUCGAUGUAGCGAGCGUUACGAAUACCGGCUCGGAAAACCAGUUAUACUUCGUUAAACAUGCUACGCUGUUUCUCAAAAGGUUCGUAACGCCGGUAGAUCGACCUUGAGAAUAAAAGCCUCCUAAACAUAUAUGAUUUAAUGCAUUAUGCUCGUUACGACUUGUGUUUCCACAGUACUUUCGCUUAGGCUGCUCAGCAGCGUAAAAUACUUGCCUUGAGGCCUCGAUAACGAGGCGGUUAUUUUUCUCUCUUUCUGAUUUUAUAUACCUAAUAUUCUAACCGAUCUAAUACAUAUCAUUUAAAUUUACCGAGAGGCGCGGCGUUAAUCGAUGUCGAUUAUAAAUCGCGUGCAGCGCAAGCCGGAUUCUACGUCUGCCUACGUAAUCUCGUUCGGAAAACGAGUGGGAAUAUUUUGUUUGGGUGGAAAGUAAAAAAACGAGCCUACGCGCGCGCUCCUCGUACUCGGGCAGAUACUAUUUUUAGAAAAAGAAAGGAAUUAAUGAAAAUGGAAAAUUUAAAAGACACAUUCAAGAUAAAUAAUUGAAGCUGAAAAAAAAACCAGACAUGCUUAUUGCAACUCGUUGAAAACAACUCGUAAUGGAUACAAUAGAGGAAUUAACAUAAUAGACAUGUUGUUAUGUCAGCAAACGUUAGUUAAGCUAUCCAUCAAGAUCGAAAGCGCACAAAGCGAAACGGACAAAUAAUUAUUUCGUAUAGUACGCUCCUACCCUGCUAUUCCGCCGUUUUUCGAUAAACAUCUUGAAUGUCUAUAAGCACUACAUUGGCGUUAAUACAGCUCGACGGGAAGCUGUUCAAAGGGUCUGCAUAUACGAGAGAAACGGGGGAUAAAAAAAUGAAGCUGAAGAAGCCAGACGGAGAGGAAGAUGCGGUUGCCAGGCAGAUGUCGCCGCCAGACGAGCGAAACUGGCGAUUCGUGAAACGAUUCGCACGAACGAUUGUCACGCGAUAGCUAGAUAUUACGUAUAUAUGUAUGUGUAUGUCUGUGGGUAUGCAUCUCUUGCAUCUUCGUUUCAGUCAUGUAUGUACAUCGGGGCUGCAAAUGGUUCCGAGUUGGCUCGGGUCCCGCUCCUUCGCCCUACAUCAUCGCUUUCCUUUAAAUCGUUAACCGCGCUGUAGAUGUUAGACGCGUUAGGUUCUACAUCGCUUGGACUCAAUUGCCGCAAAUUCAGACAAUUACCCGUGCCUCUGCUAUCGAUGUAGCGCGGCUGACCGGCUAACAGGCGAGCUGUCUUCGUCAAUGACAAACUCCGCACGGUUCGAUCCUUAUCGGGUGCGCCUGCCGUUUACAGUAAAAACCGAUUGCGCGUCUCUUCUCUUUCGAGACACGCGCGCGAUCGCGCUAUCCGGCAUCACACACAAGUCGACAAACGCAUUGACGGUAUAUUUUCGUCUCCGUUCUCCUUCUACUUAAAUAUAAUUUUCGCGGAGCCGCCGCGAAUGCCGGUAAACGGUAUUGAGCUAUUCAUGAAUCUUUCAUAUACCGUGACAAAAUCGCAUGAGAACACCUCGGGACGCCUCGCGCCACGAAGCUUGCACAUAUGCGAGCCGCAGCAACGGAUGUUCUAUAUGCGGCAGAACGGAACGGAGCGGAUAGGGCCGGACGCGGAGCGCUUACGCGCUCUCGGUACCUGACACGAACGUGCUCCUUCCUGCUAAAACGGUUUCUCUAAAUAAACCAGCAUCCGUCGAAGCUCAAAGCUCGAAGAAAGGGUAAUCCCCCCCCCCCUCCCCUCCGUCGCCCUCAGCCCAGUCUGAUCCCUUUAUAUUGUUCUUUCAAUUCAGAAUUUUGUAAGAGACUUAUCGUUUCUACCGAGACUUUCGCAUUUAAAGCCACUCUCUACAAAUAAAAUCGUUUUCAUUGUGAGAGCAUUAAGACGCUGACACCAUUGAUCCAUUUAUCGGAAAUAAAUUCGUAACAAUGACUAGAUACUGUAUUUUUAACCUGUCUCGACUUGACACCAUACUGCCAAUCAUCUCUAAAAUUUUUUUUUCGAUAGUACAGAAGGAACGUUUCAAGCGAAUAUCAAGUUGGUCCACCCAUCUCGCAAACGAUAAAGAUAAAAGCCUCGUAUCUCUGUAGGCGUCGCGGAUGGCGGGGCAUCUUUGUAAAUCAUUCCGCGUGUGGCGGCAACUGACGUCAUCGGUAAACGUUUAUACUGACGCGUUAACUGUCACUAAUAGAGAGCAAACCGUUGACCCAUUGAGACAAGCUCCACCGAAAAAAAAGUAUGUCGGUGCGCCGCCGGCAGCGCGGGCCGGAUUAAUUAACUCACAUCAUUCCCCGUUGCGCUUGUUUACGCAAACGCGGAAAAUUCGCGCGCUUUCCUCGCAAGAAUCACAACUGCGCGGCUCUAAUCUAAUCUAAAAUUAAGAUACCUAGGUGUAAUUUGCGCGAGAGGCGUGACUACAUGUUUUUUUUAUCAAAACUUACGUUAUCAUCUGUGUGUUAUCGUCUCGCGUGCGGGCAAACAUUUGCGUUCGCCAUUUGCCUGCCCCGCGUCUUGCUACCUUCGUAUAUCUCUUUACCUUUUAGGCGCGCAAGAGAUCUCGCGCUACGUAUUUACGACCUGUUGUGCGCGAUAUGAAAAAAUAUUUUAUCCAUACGAAAAAGACGCGACGGAAAAAAGAUUGCCAUCGAGAAACGGGCGAAAUGAGGUGUCCAAGGCCGUUAGUACCAACUGUAUUUGCAGACGAAUUUAAUAUGUUGUCAGAAGCUGGUGACGGUAUAGCUGCAAACUCGCGAGGAAUUUGCUCUCAUUUAUUUUCAAUUUGCCAAGUUUAUCUUUGUAAAAAUUAUUCGAGAUUCUUGAUAUUUCACAUAUCACUAUGCACGCGGAUCUUUCAAUAAUUCUUUUCUCUCUCCUUAAGUUUAAUCAUUUUAAGCAUAUUCUUUUGAUAAAUAUAAAUCAGAUAUCUGGAUUAUAAAUGUACUAUACUGAGAGAAAUGUUUGGUAUUUGUGACUAUAAUUGCAUACAAUAAUUAUAGUUAAGAGCUUCACUUUUAUAAUUAUUACUGUUAUAUAUAAAUAUUAUAUACAAACAAAUAUAUAAAAUUGACACCAAAAAUGAUUAUACAUUAUAGUUAAAUGAUGAUAACUGCAGCCAUUUUCUUUUUAAUCUUGUAUUAUUAAUUUAGAAUUUUCCAAUCUUUGCCUACAUCUCUUCAUACAUUUCCACUAUCAUUGGUUCACCUGCAUGCGGGCAGGUGUCUAUAAUACGGUUGGAACGGAGUCACGCGAGAGCGGACUUGCAAGGACGAUACACCUGCACUUUCGGUGCCUUCACUGGUUUUAAUUAAGUGUCAUUUGUAACGUAUUUAUGUAUAUUAAUGAUAGUGGCUUUUCUGAUAGAAUUGUAGCAUCCCUUUCGCGAUUGUCAAUGCUUUAAAAUUUAAACGGCGAAUACAAGCGCGUGCUGGAUCUCAUCGAUUUUAACGCGCUCGAUUGUAUCGCAUGCGCACGCGUUGUUUAUUUAUCGGGUAUCUUAUCGAAUGCUCCAGUCUGGUAUUCCGACCACGAGGCACGAGAGACAGCGCGAAUAUCGAUCCGGCCACGAUUUCCAAGAGCGCUCGUUCGCGCGCGCUCCAGACAACGAGAUUGAGCUGCGCAAUAAGCCGAUGACCUACCAGAUUUCCAACGUUGACCUAUCAGCAGUCUUCGUUAGCAUUCGCGAGAAGAGACGAUGUCGCGAUAUUCAGUAUGUAUACGCAAGAGAGCCCGGGGAUAAUGAUAAGACUCCUGCUUCCUCAUAAAGAUCUCAGCUUCGAGCUAAGAAAUUCAACGAAACCCGACGUCUUAAUCGUCGGCUUUAAAUUACUCGCCGAUGAAAUCCGAGGAGGUGUAAUUUAAGCAGAUUGUGGGUGUAGUGCACGAUCGUACCUAUACGCCACGAGUUGGCCGUUUAGUCGUUCAACCGCAAGGGUAAACCACUAAAAUUUCAUGUAUGAAAUAUAUCGUAUGAUGCUAUAGGCAGCAGUAAAGUGAACUCAAUAGAAGGAAUUCAUUCUCUAGAUUUAAAAUCGAUUUUUCUCUUGUAAAGAUAUUUCUACACUUUUUUAGUAUCAAUUAGUACGAUAAAUUUUUGUCAAUAAUGUAGAAAUAUAAGAAUUAUUUUUAGAAAUUAGAAAAUCCCAAACCACGUCCAAAGAUUUCCCUUUUUACUCAUAACAUGAGUUUGCAAAGAAAUAAUUUUAUUAUUAUGUUAUACUCCAUUUUCUAUUGUUGUUUUCGCUGCACAAGCAACUUGAAACAGAAAUUGCAAAUGGGAUGCAUUACUUCCUCGUGGUCAGACGCGUUAGCAAAGUUCAACGGGACGGCCUAACGCGUAAUGCGCUUAAUUAAAGUUGUUUCAACUCGUUAAGAUCCUUCACAUGAGAUGAACAACCCUAUAAACGGCAUGCGAGUACACCGUCAACUGCAACGAGCAUGGCGAGCAUAGCGGCCGCCGGUCUCGAGGUGCACGAGGCGGGUCGGGCGUUACGCGUGCAAACGGAAACGCCGCAUCUCGUCUCCAUGGGAAGCGGUCGACUGUCGACGGCCGUGACUUUGCAUCCUCUCCCCGAAGGUAAGAUCACGCUUGGAUCAAACCGAGAUGCGGACAUUUUGGUGGCUGGUACCGGCGUCGAACCCGUGCACUGUGCCAUCGAGAACAAUAACGGCGUGGUCACUUUGUACCCCAUAAAUGGCAAUACAUUUGUCGAUGGUGUACCGAUAAAUUCGCCAGUGAGACUCGCGCAAGGUUGUAUGCUAUCGAUAGGUCGAUCGAACUACAUGCGUUUUAAUCAUCCAGCCGAGGCUAAACACCUACGAUCUGUCUUUCCCCACUCGAGAAUCUCAAUGGCGCCGAUAAGUUUCGCUCUUCCUGACGGCCAGUCGCAGGAAAAUCAUCACUUAGAGCGAAAGCCACCGGUCGCACCGCGAAAAUCUCCCAGGAAUUCUUGUUCCGACGACGAGACGAUGGGUUUUCUGAGCAAGCUGACCAAGUUCGAGAUGCUGUCGAAGCAAAACAGAACCAACUGCGUCUCGCCGAAGGUCUUUCCCGUCGGUGCUCUCACGACGAAUGUGCCAGCCGACCAAAUCCUCGGGCAUUCGAGAUCGUCGAGUUUGGUAUCUUUGACGAAGUCCCCGAUGAACGGUUUCACCGUGAAUGGUAACGUCGAUUCGGUAUCGCAAAACACGAUCAAUUAUCCCGAUCAGCGAUCGGACUCGCGCCUCAGUACGUCAACUCGAUCGAACACGGUCAAUGCCCAGUGCCAGAAUCACAAUCAGAUUAGAAUGUACUCGGCGGAGACGUGUCUAAAAACGUGCAAGCCGUAUCACGAGAACAGCAACAAGAACGCGCGAUCGCCGUCUUUCGGGAUGACUCCUGCGAAGAUCGUCGCCGCUCGAAGCGACGACCUGAUGUCUCGAAGUAUGACCUGUCAGAGCUCGAACGAGCUCGACCAUCUCGUCGACAGGGACUUCGACAUGAGCCAAAGCCUUAUCGUCACGAAAACGACUACCACGGAAUUUCUGCAACUGGAGAAAUACGGAUCGAAUUCGAGUAUCUGCAACGCCAACACCGGCGGAGACGCCAACGUCGGAAUCUUGAGGCCGUCCACCGCUCACGGGUUCGGCUCGAAUCCAAAUGUUAAGCGAAUACUGCCACCGAGCCCGGCAUUUAAUCGUAAUCCGAGGUAUAGCGAGCAAAAGAGAGUUUACGCGAGGGUCAAGAGUCCUACCCCGAGUGUCGGUAGCAAUUGCUCCCUGGAAGAAUUGCGAGAAAGGCAAGCCGACGCGGAGAAUAAACGCAGAGAGGCGGAGACCAAGCGGAAACAGGCGCAGGAAGAGAGGUUGCGGGAGCAAGAGGUCGAGAGACAAGAGAAAAUGAGGCUCGAGGAGAUCUUGGCAAUGUGUGCCGAGUACGAAAGACAAAGCACCGUUGAAAAGCCGAGGCAGCCUAAUCGGAUCAUAACGAAUGGAUCUCUUCCGCGUGACAAGAGACUCGGCUAUUCUUCUUCUUUCGACAGUCCGAAGAGCCCGUCGAAAAAUCAACCGCAUUUCUCCUUCGACACUGGCAAGCAAACUAGUUGGGGUACCUCGUCGUACGAGAAUAUAUCCGUGCAAAAUUCUAAAGUUAUUUUCCAAAAUGGCAAUUCGCCGGCCAGUCGUAAGGAUCAGUCGGCACAAGUUGAAAAUCAGUCGUGUGUCGUUUCCGCAGGAUCACCACGCGCAGCUACAUCGAGUAACAGUCAAUCGGCGAAGUACUCUAAUGCUCACAAUACGAAUGGCAAUUGCAGCUUCUCAGGUUCGAUUUCUCGUGGCGGCAACUACGAAAACGUUAUCGUCAGCAAUAAUAAUAAAAAGAGCGACAGUUAUAUUGAAGGAACGGGAAAUUACCCGAGGACUGAUGACGAUACCAAAGGUCCGCCGUCCACGUACGGAACGAUUCGACUGAACGGAGCGAAAAUCGAACCGCAGCAGGCGCAGCAAAACGGGAAUGCGAAUAUUUACGAAAACGUCGUAUUAUCCCCGCGGAAUAAUAAUCAGAAUCAUUCUAUGCCAAAGAAAAACAACCAGCUGUCAACCUCGUGCGAGAUGAUAGAAAAUAAACUGGCCAUCUCGAACGACGACCUCCUCGAGGCGAUCGAGCAGUUAUCUAUGCUCUCGAAAUCCAAAGAGAUCUGCGUGACUCCCAAGCGAAACAAUUCUGAAAAGGACAAUGCAAAGUCCAACGAAGCGAAAGCCGACAAGGAGAGAAAGCAGUUGGAAGAGGAGGACAGGAAGAAGUACAUAGAAUUUUUGCAAAACGAGAAAGUGCACAUUCUCGGCAACAUGGAUGCUUUGAAGAGGAGCGUCGCCGAAAUUGAAAUUCAAGAGGAAGAGAUUAAUAGAGAGCUCGAGCUGGAGAAAGCACUUUUGUCCGCGGAGUAUGAAUCGGAAUCCCUGAAGCUCACGCAGGAUGAAGGAGAGAAGAUAAAGGUGCAAAUGCGAAUAAAUGAACUGGAGAGAGAAAUGGCGGAGGAUAAUGCGGGUCAUUCGAAUUUGCAAGCUGAAGCAAAACAACGUGUUCAAAAGGUACAGCAGGUUUGUGCUCGGCUAGACGAACAACUGGCCAAUUGCACGGAUGAAAUUAUGCAGCAGAAUAUUGCUGACAAGUUAACGGCGCAGCAAGACGUCUUAGAGAGCGAAAGAAAGGCUUUCGAGGACUUGGAGUUUCAUCAUCUCGAAGAAGAGGCGAGUAAAUUAGCCACGAGAGAAGAGCUACAAAGAUAUUUGAGCGAUCUCACAAGCAAGAUCGAAGGCAGAAAAUUGCAAUUAACUCAUCUGGAAUCGCAGCGGUCCGAGAUAAAGAAUGCGGCGACCAAAGAGGCUAAAAGUCUGGAGAGACAGAAAUUGGGACAUUUAAAGCGACUGGAGGAAGCACGAAAUCGAGUACGAGAGAUAAAUGAAGAGCUCGGCUAUCUGGCUCAAAACUCUGCUGAAUAUUCUGAAGAAAAACGAUCUCCGAGUAGAGAAGACUUUGACAGAAUCUCUAGAGUGACCAAUGAUUCUCCUAUUGUAAACAAUCAAGGCAGCUUAGGAAGAAAAACGAUCGAAUCAUUAAAGGAAAUCGAGAGAAAUCGGCAGCUUCAUUUAGCUAAGCAAGGGAGUCAAGUAAUCUCGGAGGAGAGGCGUAGAGUCGAAGAAUUGAAAAGGCGCGUGCAGGAUGAAGUUCGUUCACAAUGGGAAGAAAGAAAAAUGAACUGUGCGUCUUUCAACAGCGUUGAAUCUGGUGAAGAAUCUUCCAGUUAUUCCACUGGACCAACAGAAAGCGGUAGCGGAAGCACCGACGGCGCGGAAGGUGGAAACAGCGAAAAAUUAUCCCCUAGCAAACUUUCGGAACUUACUUCACCCAGUCCAGGACCGUCGAAUAACUCUUAUAGUUUACUUCAAAAUGACAACAUGAGAGACGACAGGAGAACAUCGAUGGAAGGUGAGAGACUUAGCGACAAUAGUGGUGGUGGUGGCGGUGAUGGUGGUGGAAUUAUCGACGGAAAUGGAAGCCGCCCCCUUUCGCAGACAUCUAGCGAGAUGGAUACCCUUGGACCAUUGCAACCUGUCAAACAUCGCGAAAAGGCAAAACUUCAGAGGCCGCUCACGAGGCACCUUCCGAUCAAGUCGGAAUCCCUGGAUCUAAGGCAUCAUAUAGAAACUGCUGGGCAUCAGUUACCUUUGAUUUAUGAUGUUACGGUCGACACGACGAGUUGCAGUGGUUAUUUAUCAAAGAUGAGCAAAAAGUUUCAUCACUGGAACAAACGAUGGUUCGUUUUUGAUCGCAGACGGAAGACAUUAUCUUACUACAGCGAUAACACUUCCAGGAAGGCUCGCGGCGUAAUUUAUUUCCAGUCGAUCGAAGAAGUCUAUGUGGACCAUAUGAACACUGUCCGAUCGCCGCAACCUUCCCUCACGUUCAUCGUCAAGACUACGUCUAGGCUUUAUCAUCUUAUGGCACCCAGCCCAGAAGCUAUGCGCGUUUGGGUGGACGUUGUGUUCACUGGUGCAGAGGGAUAUCACGAGUUUGAUCACGGUGUUUGAUUUAUGCUUAUUUAUAAACCAAUUUCCAUGAUGCAAAAUCAAAUUUUCUAAUUUGCCGUGACACGAAUAUGAUGAUUUCUUGGUCUUUAAUAACAAUAACGAGAAAUUAUUUCAUAAGGAAUUAUACCUAAAAUCUCAGAACGCGAUUCUUGACUAAAAACACAAAUGAAUAAUGCAUAAAGUACAGAGAUAUAAAUUAGAAAUAACAAUUAUUUUUUUAAAUCUCUUUUGGAAAUGUCUAAUAAUUUUACGUUAUAAUAGAAAAUUUUUCUACAUUAGAUAAUAUUCCUUAUUAGAUAGCAUUUCUAUGUAUCUUUAUGAAAAACGAACACGAUAAUUAGAAAAAAAA